CUGUUGACACUUCCGUCCUUUCCCCCCUCUCUUUCGGUUCAAUGAGAUGCCGCGAUGCAGAACUCGAAUCCCUGUUCUCCUCGACCGGUGAUAGAAAGAAAGAGAGAGAGGAAAUGGUUUGUCCCUUAAUUGGCCGAGAAGAAGGCGCACCGUCAUCCUAGUCCAUUUCUUCCACGUUUUUCCAUUCCGGAUGUGCGAGAGCGAAACUCGGGGAUUCCUUGCGUCUCGUACCAAAGAACUCUUCGGCAUUCAACUCGAGGUGACGGCACUGUUAUUGGAGGCAGAGCGGCGUCGACUGGGAAUCCUCCAGGAUUCUCUUCAAGUUCCCCAUUCCGAGUCCUUCAAAGCCCAGGAGGAACAGCAACGAGAGCUCCUGCAGGCCAUCGGGAGAUUCCAGACUCAGUACGAUCAGUUGGACCAGGAAUACCGAGGUCGAGCUCUCGGGGUCCUCCGGCACAACACGGGAAAGGUCGGCGAUCGGGACGAUCCGAACCACGAAAAGGAAAUUCUGGCUCGCAAAGCUCUCAUCAAGACCCCCAUCAACGAAUAG